CCUUUAAGGGGGAAAAAAAACAAACUUGUUCCAAACAUUUGCACUGGGAGUAAAUGUGGAGCUAUUUCAGGAGAAGGGCAUGUGAAUAUUACACAGACCUACAAACCUCAUUUCUUUAUUCGCCUCUUACCGACGGAGUCCGUCAUCAUUAUUUGUGAAUGUCAGGGACGUCCUGUAGAGGCUUUAUAGGUUUUAGUCUGUGCUCCUCUGAGAAGCUCAGAAGUGGACUUGGACCUCUAUUUUCAUGCACCAGUCAGAAUUCAAUAACAUAAGAAUGAAAAACCGGCUGUGUCUGUCUGAAGUCACUUUAUGAGUGAGAGCUUUUCAGAAAAACCGUCUCUCCGAAUCUGAUGACAGCAGCUGCUGGUUUGUCUCUUUCAUAUCUCACAUUUAACCGUGUGAAGUAUAUCUGAAAGUCACAUCAUGUCAAACUCGUCACUUUGAGGAUAUUUUGAAGAACCACAUGUGCCCUGUGCCAAUAAAGCUGUUAGACAAAGAAGUUUCCUUUACGUCUCGGGAGGAGAAAAAGAAGCUGCCGUUGUCCUGGCGACACUUCCGUCAACAGAGUCCUGUGGCCAGGUGACAGACCUCGAGGGAAGCAUGAUACACACUCUUUUCUGUCUCCCUUUCCUCCCCUGACGAUGAGCGGGCAACGAGAAUCUCGGGAAAACGAAAGUCCGCCGCACACCCGGGCUGCAGCGCGGACUCGCGCGGCGCUGGACGCCGAGGAGACAAAGACACAGAUCCAGAGACAUGGGCACAUCGGGAUUCUCACGAUGGAUCCCGAGUCUAAGAUGGAGAGCGUCACCACGCUGAGCGCCUCGUUCGGCCCUCCAAAGAGUCCGGGGGUGAGGCUUAAGGGUAUCAGAAGCGAGCUCAUGGAAAAACAUAUCGCCCACAUGAUAAGAGCAAAGGUUCACGCUGAGAUGAAUCCACCGACUCCCAAGACGGACUUCAGCUCCACAACCCAGAGGGAUUUCACUGCUCAGGGAUUUGUGCCUCCUGCCCCUGAAGCAACUGGGGCUCAUGAUUAUAAAAAGGACCAGGCGGUGACCUUUUGGAGUGAAAACUACGAGCGGAUACAGGGUGUGACGGCCGUACAGACCCAGAAGUCGCCCUUCAGGAAGUGGGCUUAUUUCAGCACACCCAUCGGUGAUCGGCUGGACGACCUUGAGCCCCCGCCUGACGACUGAGAAAGUAAUCCAGUGCGUCACAUUUCCAACACUUCAUCACCAGUUAAUUACAAUCACGUGGUAAUCCACUUUCAAAGGUUGUCUGUUUACAAAUGCAUGAAUCAUUGAAGCAGCUCAUGUCAUGUUGACCAGCCACAGACGGCAGAGCGCUGACACGUGGACUUCACAACUCGGCCAAAACAAAACGCGUCACUUGAACCUUAAUAAAAACACAGCAACAAGUUUCUGUGGUUGUGGAUUUGCAGUAAAACAGUAAAACAUUUGCCUUUUCCUAAAAAAGUAAUAAUUAAUUAUCUUAAUAAUCUGUCAGCGCUGUGAAUAUUUGUAACAACGGUGCAGAUCACGUGUAGUAAACACUGACUGAAAAGGUUUCAGAGAUGAAAUCUGCGUUGCUCCUCGUUCUCCCCUCGAGUCUCGUCGCUGUGUUUGUUAUCGACUAGAUAAUUGAUAUGUUACAUGUGUAAACACACACACACACACAGACUUCGCUUGUUCGAGUUUCCGGCAGUUUGCAUCGUUUCCUCGUGUUUGACGAGGGAGCUCGGUUUUGUUUUACAGGCUCCAUUCAUCUCUUUUCUAACAUUUCUCUGUUGGUUUUUUUAUUUUUUGCAAACCUCUAAUUAUUGCAAAGCCACACUUCUCCUCCUACAACGGCUAAAUAUCUCGCCGAACAAAAGAUACAAGAAAAAACCCCACCAUGACUCAGAAAACGGCACAGUGUGUGCUUCUCCACUUUUUACAAAGACGAGUCCUCACAGGCCCCGCAGAUGUGAAACACAAAAACAUUGUUGGGAAUCACUCGGGGUAAAUGCUACGGAUUCAUGUACGUGUUCAAUCACAGGACUCAGUUUCAGGCACUGCUCAUCCCUUUGUGAGCUUUCAGCGGGGGAUUACUAAGGCGGUAGCUAUGGCGACAAGUCAUUUCAGCGUAUAUGUAUGCAGCUUUUCUCUCCAAACAUUUCAUUAACUCAUGGGAUGAUACAGUGAGAAAGGAAUUUGCCUUGGUAGCGACUUUGUGCUCAACAUUUUUGAAUGAAUUUAAUUAAAUUUUCUCUUGUGGUUGUC